CACCGUGAAACGAAACAAACGAUCACCAUCAGCGCAACAGACACAAACUAUCAGCUGUAGCAGGAGCCGAGCAGCCUUUCGACACAGAAACACCCGGAAGGCAGCAAAGUCGAUUUCAGGGGGCAGCAUGAACCGCUUUAAGAUCUCAAAAUUCAGAAAUACUACUCCGAAAAUUGCCAAGAAAGAUGGUUGGAUCAACAAUGUCCAGGCUGGGUCAUUCUGCUGCCAGGGGAACCACAUCAAAGCGAGCUCCACGCUGGUGGUCUUCAACACCGAGCAGGCUGGUGGAUGUGUGCUGGGCCUGUCUUCAGUCAAACCCGGUUCAGACGGCCAGUGGACAGUGACUCAGUUUUCCUGCCAUACUGAUGUGGUGACUGAUAUGGACUUUUCCCCUUUUGAUGAAAAUCUCCUGGCAACAUGCUCUGCAGAUGAGACAUUGAAGCUGUGGAGUUUGUGUGAUCCAGAGCAGGAGCAGCCCAGAGAGGCAGAGCUGACGCUGCACCCAGGUCAGGGCAGGCUGGAACUAGUGCAGUUCCACCCCACUGCCUCUGGCUUGCUUGCCGUUGGAAGCACCAAGUGCCCUCUAAUUUGGGACACAGGUUGCCGGGACUCACCGCUAGCAGUUUUGGAGCAGCACAGUGACCAGCUGCAGAGUCUGAGCUGGAAACAAGAUGGAUCCCUGCUGGCAUCGUCUUGCAAGGACAGAAUGCUGCGACUGUUUGACUGCAGAGCUCAGCUGACACCUGUUCAGAGUGUCAAGAGUCUUCAGAGCAACAAGGAUUCGCGCAUCCUGUGGACCAAAGAUGAUCUUUUAGUGACCACUGGUUUUGAUACGAUGCGUAACCGAGAGGCAAGACUUUGGGACAGCAGGAAUCUGAGCUCCUCUCUCAGCUCUGUGUCACUUGGAACAUCCAGUGGGUGA